AAUGCUCAAGACUGAGAAAAGCAGCUACAAUGUCUUUUAUAGAUGACAAACUGCACUGGAAGGACGCAGCCGGUAGAAUACUGAAUCUACAGCAGUCGUCAGCUAGUGGAAGUUUGGUCACAAACCUCAAUGUUAUCCUGGAUGAACUCAAUUCUUUAGACUACGCAACAAAUGUUGUCGACAACAAAGAGGUUCGCUUAUAUUUUUAAAACAUGUUAGAAAAGUUGGGUUAUUAAGUUCAGAGAAAUAUUGUUUUAACUGUGUUUUAACAAAUGGGCUUAUUGUGGGAGCUAUUUUAGAAACCCCGUUCAAUUCAUUACUACAGGACAACCAGUUUCAACCAUGGAGAAUUCUCAUGCCCAGUCGAAUGUAUGCACCUAUCAGUGUAAACCCUAAGGGGGGGUUUGGACAUUUGGUGAUGCUACCACUGGUUUCCCUGCCAAAUGACGCCUGAGAAACGAGCGCAGAAAUUCCAUACUGAUGACAUGUCACUACCCAGAUCUGGGUAGUGCUUCUGAUUGGUCGUGCCACGUGGGAAAUUUGAUUCAACCAAUCAGAAGCACUUCCCAGAUCUGGGUAGUGAUGCAUCAUCAGUGUGGAAUUUCUGCUCUCGUCUCUCUGACGUCAUUUGGCGGGGAAACCAGUGGUAGCAUCACCAAAUGUUGGCUGUUUUCUCAGGCCAGGGUCAGGGGGGGGCUGGGGGGGGUGUGGGCAAAGGGUUGGGGAUUUGAUUAAAAUUUCAUAAUUUUGGUCCAUUUCCCGAGGGUGGCAAAGGAUUCAUUCAUCAGAUAAAGUUAAAAAUGCCCAACUAGGAGCCUAUACCUUUCAUAAUGAAUAUCACAAAACUGAUUUGAACUAUAUUGUAAAUACUAUAAAUUGUUCUUUGGUCAUUGUAGCUUGAUAAGAAAUAACACACAAACUGUGGUGAUGACAAAGAAAAAAAGGCAUAGCAGGAAAAAAUGUAAUUUUUAACUUGUUACAGGUCAAAUUUGAUUUCAGGUUAAAAGUUUUUAACCUUGGUUGAUUUUCAAUUUCCUUUGUCUUCAACAGACUAGGAGACAUUGGAAAGUGAGAAUCAACCUUGGUUAAAUGAAAAUUAACAGUUUCUCUCCUGAAACAAUCAAAAGCCCCAUCCCCCAAGCAAGUGUACUUGAUCAAAUCUCCCACCCAGGGAAUGGAUUUUUUAUUGAAUCCACAUCUAUUGCUUGCACUCCCCCCUCCACAGGGUUUACAUUAAUAGGUGCAUUAGGGUUGACAGGGCGUGAGAGUUUGAGGAAGGGGGAGUCGUUUUUUUUGUUUGUUUACGUUAUAUUUUAGGGGGAAAGUUUUCAAUUUUUUACAUUUGGCGGUGGGUGGGCGGGAAUACGUUAUCUGUUAUUUUUAUUCCAAACCUGAACACCAUUCCAGUAUGGCAUUAUCAUGCAGGUCAUAAAGGUUAUUAUAUAAGUUGAUCUAACAUUAAAGAAAUAUCUUGGGUAGCAUUUUUUAAAAUUUAUUAUUGUACCUGAAUUGCAUAGAAAUGGUAGCUUGUUUAUGCUUUCAAGAAAAGAUAUAGCAAAACUCACUUUAAAAUUACAAUAUUACUGGAAAUAAUAGGUUUUUGGUGGUUGGCUGGUCAACUAAUCUCGGGUGACUAAACCAACCUUGUAUCAGGAGGAGGAGGAGGCCGAGAGCGCUGAGUCCAAGUGCUUCACUGAUUGCUACAGUGUAGGUGGAUUUGUUCCUGGUAAUCCUGAGUUCAAAUCCUCCUGCAACCAUGCUUGUAAAUAGCCAACUGGUUUGCCGCCAGCCAGUUGGGAUUCUUAACUCCAUUCUGUUUGAUUAAAGUUCUUUGUUUCAGGCAUUUGCUUGGCCACACUAGCAUUAGUGAUAAUUUAUAAAUACUGCCCAGGGUAAAUAACGGAAAUUAUUAUUAUUAUUGCUAAUUGACUGUCUAAAAUGCAGGAUGCUUUACCACUGCUGUCCAAAUGUUGUACACUUGUUUGCUCCUGUGGAACUGAUGACUUUCUCAUCACCAAGUUCUGUCAACUCAUAGUCAAUCUAAUAGCAAAGCAAAAGGUAGGAAGUCUUGCACAUGAAUGACAUUCUGUACCUUUCCAAAACAUAAUAGAAGUUCUAAGCUUACUGUGACAUGAGCUUUUCACGGGAUCCACUUUUCACUAUUUUUCACAGGUUUUCUGAUGAUCCACAACAGUAAGAUCCCACAAAAUUAUGGAAAAAAAGAAGCCACAAAAACUUAUUCCUUUCUAGGAUAGCUAAAUUUUGGUUGGCUGAUUGCACAUUACCAGAUUUUCUUGGACACUAACAACCAAGAAAUUUGUUCUUAGUUGUUAAGUUUGAAAUGUGAAUUUGCAAAAAUUUGUUCCUGUGAAAUGUGAAAAAUUAGCAAUCUGUAAAAUCAAAUUCCAGCGAAAAUUUCAUACCUCAAGUUAGAUGAAAGUUUUGGUUUAUUCGGAAAUCUAAGAGACUGACAAUAUAUGUUGACCUACCUAAAUCUUUGCUCUGUAUUGGGAAACAUUUCUCAUCAGACAAGGUGAGUGUUUCUGAUGAUACUGUUUUGUUAACAGAUCUCCCUUAACCAAGAAACACUGAAUGUUCUCAUACCAUUCCUUGUUAACUCCUUGAAUAAUUGCAAAAAGUGGACCCAGCUGAAUCUUGUUAAAGCUUUGGCAGCUACUCUUUAUGAAAAUGGACAAUUUUGCCAUGAGGUAAGACAGCUUUUCUUUUCUUUUAUUUUAAAGAAGGUGUCAAUUUAGGUUUCUGGAAAACUGCCCACCAACCCCUCCCCCAACCCAACAUAUUGCCCUAAGUGAGAAGUAUUAUGAUUGUUGGCUUAGGGGAGCCUGCAAAGUAGGUGUAUUUUGCAGCCUGAUCCAUGAUUUUUGGGGGGAUAAUGCUAUCCCGCCAUCUUGGAUGUUAAAACUGUCAGACAGUUGGGGUGAGUCAAAAACUGAUUUCAAGGUAGAGGUUGAUGGGUUUAACCCUUUAAGCCCCGAUAUCCACUUACAAAUUCUCCAAAGUGAUCUCCAUACAUUUCCUUAAAGAACUAGUUGAGAGAAUUUGAUAAAAGGUCAAAGCGGUUUCCCUGAGGUGAUCAUUUUAUUAAAUCUCCUAACCUUUUCUUUUGAUAAUGUAUUUAUCUUGCGAGGAGAAUUGAUGUUGAUCACUCUUGGGACUUAAAGGGUUAAGGUAGGAAAGGGGAUCAAUGUACUUCUGAGUUUCCGUGAAAAAAACUUCUGCUCUGCAAGCUAGCUUAGGGGAGGGGUCGGUGGGCAGUUUCCCAAAAACUCAAAAUGAUCCCAAAAAUCCUUUACCAAGCAAAAACAGAAAAAAAUGGUGAGUCUCACACAACAGAGCAAGGCUCCAAUAUUAAAGUGCACCCCUGAGAAACUGUACAACUAUUUAAAUCCAUGACUACAUAAGGACACUUAAUCUAUUAAAUUUUUUUAUUUGUUUUUAUUUGCUUGUGGCUUACUACUGGAAUUAGCUCUGAAUUAAUUAAAAACUAGCUGUAUAAUAGUUGUUUCUAAGCAGCAAUUCCAUUUUUAAAUCACAGUGCGCUGACAGCCUGUUGGGUGCAGAUGGUGUCUUGGUAAGACUGUGUAAAGAUGAGUCACAGGACACUGAUGUUCUUUGUGGUACCAUUCAAUGUGUUGCAAAUAUGUGUACCAAGUAAGUCAUAACAGUAAUUUUUCUUAACAAUAACUUGAAAUAACAAGUGUUUCCUGUUUACUGGGUGUGCAGCUAUUGCAGUAAGCUUUGUAUAGUGUUAAUUUCCACCUCCCUAUUUCUUGGGAAACCUAUUUCUCACCAUUCUUCUUUUCCCUCUGUGUGGGCUCUCAGUAAUAAACUUUCAGAGGUCUUGGUCAUUAUUUUGUUCACAGAUUUACCUAGUUAAUAAGACCAGGGUGCAAAGAAUGUCAGUUUUACAGCUUGCCAUUCAGGCUAGCCGUAGCUAGCAUGCACUAGCCAAAAAGUCAUUUUAACUAGCCCCAAAAUGAUGAUGAGCAGGUUUGAUUACACAGUUCUUCUGUAAUUUGAAUUCCUCAAAAAACUUCACCUGCCCAUUGGGCAAACCUAGAACAAAAAUUCACUAGCCCGAUAGCAAAAUCUUCUAGCAUUGCUUGGCAAGACUUGUCGGCAAAUAAGAAAAACUGGUAAUGAGACCAACAGUAAUAUAAUGUUUGCGAUUUAGUCAUUCAAAAUCAAGGCUGUGCUGUAGCAGGGCUUGGUGGCCCCUGGCAUUUUGCCUCCAUUUGUGUAGGAUAUUCUUGUACUUGUCACUAUCAAGGAAAAUAAUAGUGAAUCAAUGUCUUUUCCUAUGUGAUGUUUUUUUUUCUGUUUAGCUCCGUGGCAUCACCUGAUUCAGCUUGCAAUGUGAUGGAGGAGAAAUUCAUCACAAAUGCAUUUAUUCUUCUCUUGGAACUAUUGCAAAGCUCAACUCCUGAACUACGUGGGACGGAGAUAGAACAUUUUAUGGUGUGUGUCAUUGUGUCUGAAAUUCACUGGGUUUUUUUAAAGUCUAUAAUGGUACUAGAUGCAUCCAAAAGUUAUUUUAUUAAAAAGUUGUGCUCAGACCUCUCAAAAUGUUUUGUAGUACUAUGAGAUCAACCCUUACUAACAGACUAAGCACAAGGCAGAAAGGGCCAGACCAAAUGCAAAUGCAAACAGUGAUGCAAAAAUUUUUAAUGAGAAGUUGCAUUGCUACAAUGUUUGGGGACUACAUAUUUCUCUGGCCAAUUUCCUGGAAUUUUUAUUUUUGUCCAAUUGCUUAUUACAUUAAUUGAUACAAGGGUCAUGUAAGGAAUACAAGGGUCAAUACUCAUGGUCCAACACAAGAACCAUACACAGCCCAGUCAUAAUGAGCUGGCAACCAGCAAUUUUGCCUCUUCCAGUGGGAUACAGUGGAACCUGGUUAAUAAGGACACCACGGGGACAUGCCAAAGUGUCCAUAUUAAGCAGAUUAUUUUUAGAGAAAACAUAUGAGAUUUUUCAGUGUUGGGACAAAUGAAACUGUCCAUUAUUUAUGGGUGUCCGUGUUAAGUGGGUGUCCAUAGAGUGGGGCUCAACUGUAUAAAUUUACCAUCUACAUAGGACUUAUUACAACGUUUAGUAAUAUUAAAAUAUAAACAACACAAGUUUAGGCCUUUGAUGCCUGCUACACGCUGACUGGUCAGGGUUGUCACUAAGGGCCGGGGGCCGGGGAUUUCCCCCCGGCUACUCAGAGCAUGGUCCCCGGCUACUUUCGUUCUUAAAUUAAACCAAAAGAGCACCAGAAAAUUCUACAUUAAAAAGGACAUAAGCAUUGAAUUAUAGCACUCCUUUGAAACACACAAAGACUAUGCAUCAUACUAAGUGCAAAUUUCAUCUUCAGCAGGUUUAAGUGAUUUUGGAAAACUCGUGGGCGGAAACUAAGAAAUGUCGAAGAAAGACAUCUUACUUAGAUUUGGUACUAGUACACACGCGCAAGAACUCUCCGUUCGCGAAAUGUAAGUUUCAACCGUUGUGUCGGCUUUGUGUUGAACAUGUCGAAGAUGCGGCAAAGGAAUCUGCACUCUUUGUUCACGAUGAAAGAUCUGAGUAGAUCUCUGUUGACAUCGCAGAAGAAGUUGAGGCUUCAUCCAAGCAUUAAAUUUCCCUGAUGCUGAUGUUGAUGAUCAUGAGGAUUAUGACAAAGGCUUUGAAGAUGAAGACUGACUGAUUGCUAUGUUUAAUAAACUGUCAUUAGUCAGUGACCAGAUCUACAUAAUUAACCUUUUGGUAUCGAGUAUAUAAAAUAAUGUAUGGUCAAUGGAAAAUGUUCGAUCAUUGUCUGCAGGUCACAUCCUCUCAGUUCUACUUUCAAGAAGUUAUAUAUAAAAGAGAAGUUAAGCAUUAGCAUUACUUUUGCAUUCUUCUCCUCGUGUCUCGUUUCGAUAUCUCAGCGACGUUUAUAAAGUAUUAGCCCUGUCUUUUAAACGCUUUUCCAUAGGUCAGUUUCUUCGUAUGUUAAGUGAUGUUUCGUUCCUAAAUUCGAGACCACUAAUGUUACCAGUUGUGCAGUUUAGUUUUGCCACAUUUUAUCCCGCAAUUUUCCAUAUGUUAUGCUUGUUUUCGCCUUAUCAUUUAUUUUCCAACAAACCAUAUUAGCCUCAUGUUUGUGAUGCUUUUUCGUACAUUCAUCGACCGCUUGUCUUCUUUCCGCUCCUCCGUGGGUUAAUUCAUCUGUAAUAAUAUUAGUUUUACCUUUGAUUUCUGUAAGUUGUUUCGUUCUUUUUCAGACCCAGAGCUUACAUGUAUUCCCAUUUGGCGGCCACUAAAAAACCCCCCCAACGAGCCUUUACGUAAAAUAAAAACUUAAUAUUCUAGUGUCUCAGAAUGUUGUAGUUUUCUUUAAUAAAGACGUGAUCAUCAUAAAACUGCCAAUGAUAGCUCUGCUCUUGAUGAAGAUUGUUUUUUGGGGGCGGUAAUGCCUUUUGGAAAACGGUAGAAGUUGCACUUCAAAAACUUCUUGGGAGAGCUGGGGGCUCCACGACUGCUAGCGACUUCCCCGGCUACUAACAACAAAUACCCGGCAACUUGAAAUCUUAGUGACAACCCUGCUGGUUAUCCUGCCUUCUAUUUUUAGUAAAGCAUUUUGACUGGGCUGUUUACUUCAACAGAAAACAAAUGCUGUUAAAUACCACAGACCUUCCAUGUACAAUUUGAAAGUUAAUAAUAUUGUAUUUUUGUUUUAGGUUGUUAACAAAGUUUUGUGCAUUUUCCCACAUGUACUUUUGCUUAACUGUUCAGGCCAGAAACAAAAUCUUGGACCACUCUUAUCUGCUCUCAAGGUAAAAGACAGUGAAACUGAAAUUAAGUACAUGUAGGGCACUGUUUGUUUGUAUAAUGUACAAACCUGUGUAAUAAAAAAAAUUCAGGUUAAAAAUGAGCUGAGAAGUAUUGACUGGAAAAAUACCCCAAAUUAUUGCAACAGGGCAAUACAUUGAAUGAUGACAUCAUUUUACUAUGACUACCAGAAUCCUUCAGUUUGUUGUUUUCUGGUGCAAAUUAGGGCUAUUGUUGCUUAAAUCUCAGCGGGAUGGACAAAUACAAAUAAGAAAGCAAAAAUGUUCAAUGAAUUCUGGUAGUUGUAAUCCAAUGUCGUCAUCCUCAAAGUGGCCUAUAAUGCAGAUAAAUGUCAUGUUAUAUUACACAGUUUACCUGAAAUAAUAAUAAAAUUUUUCUCUGAAACUUGAAACCCCAAAUCCCAGGACGAGGAAUCUAAGCAUUCAUUGUACUGGAUUCACCAAAGCAUAAAAUCAUUGCAACACAAAAAUAUUUUCCCUGAAUUAAGAGUCAGAUGUAAGUUUGUUGAGUUGGUGUUCAGUGCCUUAUUAGCCUGAGGAGACAACCGAUGUUUUGCAAUGCCAGCAUUGGUUUCCCAGCAAAAUGACAUCUGAGAAACGAGUGCAGCAAUUCCAUACCGAUGACAUGUCUCUACCCAGAUCUGGGUAGUGUUACUGAUUGCAUGAAUCUAGUCCUAGCCAAUCAGAAGCAUUACCAAGAUCUGGGUCAUGUAGCAUCAUCAGACUGAGUAUGGAAUUGCUGCACUCAUUUCUCAGACGUCAUUUCACAGGGCAACCAGUGGUGGUUUUGAAAAAUGUCAGCUGUUCUCUCAGGCUAGUGCCUCAUCUGUGAAUCCUUUAUUUUAGAAUUACAUGUUUUGUGGAAUGCCUGGUUACAAACCACAGUAUGCUGAGAAAGCCAGCAACAGAUUACAUGAUAAGUCAGGUAAUGGAACAAACUAAAAGGCUGAUAUAAAUGUUCAAGAAGUGAAAGAUACUUAAGGUUAAUCAUUUGAAUUUUGAGAUGGAGGGGUAAGCAAUGUGAUUUUGAAUAUAUGAGUACUGAAAUUAACUCCAGUCAAGAAUUUUUUCCUUUUCAAGUCUGUUUGCAGGAUAUAAAUUUUUUCUGAAAUCAAUCAACUACUUCAUUGAAUUGAAGAAAUGGUGUCUGUUUACUAAAACUUUUUUGAACGUAUGCCAUCUCUGACCAUGUUCUAAUUUUGAGAUCAGUAGAAUCGGUCAUUGAAGUUCAAGUUCAAGUUUAUUAUUUUGCCAUAAAAUAUACAAAACAAGAAGAAGUUCUAAAUAAUUAAAUAUAGCCUGCGAAAAAUCCGUUUCUCCUAAUGGCAAGUCUGCAAAGUGACAAAAUUCCAUACUAAUGACUUAAAAUCUGGAAGCUGAUUGAGUAGUUACAUUGUUUUAGCUAUUGUUUACGAAUGACAGACAAAAGACAAAAGGCAUAAAGGUAAGGAAAAGGCGAUGAAUUCUAACAAAAAUUAAUAAAUUAUAAGAAUAUCAAAAUAAAUUAUAACAAACAAACAAAAUCAAAUGAUGGCAGAGCUAUGUACAGUAAUAUUAUUGUAUUUAUCAUAGUUGGGCUAAAAGUGCAAACCGAAACGGAAAAAAUGAAAAUGAAAAGCAAAGAUAAAGCCAAAAAUUUAAAUGAAUAGGAAUGCUGUCAGCUUACAGAGAAACGAGGUGAUACUUGUUGCAUUUCAAAUUUCAAAACUAAGGGAGUUAAAGAAUUUUAGGACCUUGGAAACUGAUAGAGAAGUUUCUUAUAUAAGUCCUGCAAUGGGCUAAAUAUAAGAGCUCCAGUCUCCUAGUGUCAUAAGAAUGCAGUUGUUAAUCAUAACUAUAACAAAAUUCUCAAAUCUGAUUGGCUAUCAACUGUCCUUAUUUCAGCACUAAUAGGACAGUGUAACAGGACAGUACUCAUCAUGCAUAAGUAAUUGGACAGUACGCGCCAUAGCACACGUGCACUUAAAUGGCUUUUUUUCACUGCCAGCAAAAAAGAACUCCAGGAAUUUCUUGUGUUUUAAUUUAAAAAAACCUAAUAUAUCACAAAUUUAGUUAUAUUUAUGAUUAAUUGGUAAGAGAACUUUGUGUCCUCUAAUUCAGUGUCUAUUUAAACUUAAACAAAAAUCCGGACUCCGAUUUUGUUAAUCACUGGCAUGAUCUUCUCAGUCCUAUUACCAUUAUGUAUACCCCCAGAAGAUGACUGAAUUUGAUAUUUAACCUGGAAAAGGCCCUAAAUAAUCCACAUACAAAUUCCACACAGUUGGGAGAAUUUGAUAAAAAAUCAAAGCAUUUUCCAUUUGGUGAUAAUUUUGAUUCUCUUAAUCUUUUUUAUUGAUUCAGUAUAAUGUUGUUAAUAGGAGGAAAAUAUUGUUGUUCACUAAAUCUAAAUCUAAAUGUCUGAUCUGCAAAGGGCACUACAGCCCAUCUUUAGCCCAUCUUCAGCCCAUUUUCAACUUAAGGAUUAACCAACUAUUGAUCCCACAUCUAGUAUCUCCUUGUUUAACUUGCAAACUUAAAGAGACACUUAUCAAAGUAAUAUGGAAGAAAAACAAGGAGUUUGACAGAAGUCAUGUAAACUAGAUAUUCGGCAACAAUGCUUUGGUUAUGGAGAUAAUAUCAUGCAAAAAUGCAGAUUAAAUGUUUAUCAGUGUAAAAUCCUUGUAAUUAUAGUAGACAACAGUGCCAUGAUGAUAUGCAGUUGUGAACAAUGCUUAAUUUUCUUUUCUUUUUAACUUCUACAGCUAUUGAGCCUGAUGAUCUGUCAUCAGUCCAUCUGAGCACAAUACCUCAAAAGGACCGUCAAUAUGCUAUGCUGAGCAAAAGAAAGAAACGGCGUCCUGCCAAUAAGAAGACUAAACAUACAGCUGCAGUACCCUCUCAUCGACAAGCAACUACUCUGUCUGGUAGCUCCUCAGUAGAUGCCCUAACUCCUAAGUUUGUGGAACGCUCUUCCUCAGUGGAUGCUCUAACUCCUAAAUUUACCACAUACAGUUCUUUAACAGAUGUUUUGACUCCAAAAUUUAAUGCACAUAAUUCAUCAGUGGAUUCAUUGACUCCACAAUUUGCCACAUGUAGUUCUUCAGUUGAUGCAUUGACUCCCACAUCUGUGGAUCACAGUUCUUCUGUGGUUAUGUCAACUCAAAAUACUGCCAAAUACAGUUCAUCAGCUGAAACUUCGACUCCCAAAUUUUCCACAAAUAGUUUUGAAAUGAAUGCAGUAACUUCUAAAUCCGUUGAACACAGUUCUUCAAUUGCUACAACAACUCCAAAAUCCACUGUACACAGUUCCUCAGUGGAUGCAUUGACUCCUGCUUUUGCAGCGUGCUCUUUGAGUAGUACACCUCCACACAAGGCAAAACAACCGGGCUCAAGUCCAUCAAGAUAUGCAAUGCAGUCUACAGUUACCAGCAAUUUUUAUCCAAACAAGGACAGUGAGGAAAGGUCUGGAGCUGAAUCUUCAGGCUAUCACAGUUCAUCAAGCUUGUCUGCCAGUUCUGACUCGGAGUACUCAGACAGUGAAGCAGGGCAGAAUGCGAGGCUAAGGUAAUUAAUAUUUAUUUUACCGCAUCUACACAGAAAAAAUAGAUAACCUUAUGGGACAAAAAAAGGCUAAACCUGCUAAAAAUCUACCAAAACUUUUUUUAAAACAUAUUGGAAACACAUAUUUUCCACUUGUUUUGGUCUUAGUUGUUCACAGAGACAUGUAAUUGUAUCCAAACUGAAAAAUGUGUGGAUGAUUUGUGGCUUUUCAGUGACUGAGAUAUAGUUACUUUCUCAAAUUCAAGGUAAUAUUUAGAAUAGCUGGGACCUUAUCAUAGACUGUUUUUCUAUGUGUAUGGGAAGGCGUACAUAUUUGCCAUGUGGUCAAAUAAAGAGAAACCAGGCCCCAGGUGUUCAAAAAGUGGAAAGCGCUAUCCACCAGAUAAAUCGCUAUCCAGUGGAUGGUGCCAUGGGUUUCCCUAAUACCUAUCUAUGAGAUGAUGAUUUAUCCGAUGGAUUGUGCUAUCCAACAUUUGAACAACCUGGGCCAGAUGUGAUAGUGGCAUUACCGUUCUACCAAAUACCUAUCCAUGUCUAAGUGUUAAGAGGGAAUCUACCCAUUUACCGCUAAUACCCGUCCGUAGCUGUAAACGGAAACAGAAUAUCUUGAGGCCUCUGUUUCAUGCACAUUACAAUCAUGAUAAUUUCUUUUGUGUACUCUUAAAAAUAUUAUUAAUAAUCUUGAUAAUUAAUUUAAUUCAUUAAAAUGGUUUUGUUCUGGUCAGGGAGGUGUACUUUAUCCACAGAGCAGAGCUGAUGUCAGUGCUUAUUUCUUUCAGGUCUAUUAUGUCAAAGAUCAGGCUUAAUGUGCUUCUGUGUCUUCAGGCUGUUGUUAAAGUAAGUACCAUUUAUCUUCACAUGGGUACCAGGGAUAGUCAAACUCUCACUUUAUUACAUGGUAUGCAGGUGGGCAAGAUGAAGCAAAUCAUGUCUUCUGAUUAUUUGUUUGUUAAGAAGGCAAGUUGGGCUUCUCUUGCUCACUUGGAAAUGUAUGCUUCAUUCCUGUAAGAAUAAAACUUCCUUUUUGCUAUUCAUGUAUAAUACUUCCUUUGGGCCUCCCUGUUUUUAUGUAUACAGGCCUUUAGGUCAAUGUAAUAUUAUUGUCCAAUGCUUUCUUAGUCAUUAUGAUGUCCAACAUUAAUCAGUAUGAAUAAAGAAUCAAUCAUUUUCCAGUUAAUGACAAUCAUAUUUAAUUGUUGUCAUGACUUGUGCAUUUAGAGAACAGACAAGAAAGUGUUGUUUGGUUACUGGUCUUCAUUUGUUCCUGAUAACACUGUGUCUUCCUCUUGGUCACUUUUUACUACAAUCCUCAAGGAUCCUACUCCAAAGGUUAGUGUUGUUUAAUUAUUACCUUGUUGCUGAGUAGUCUAGGCAUUCUUUGAGUUCCCUGUAACUACAGGAUGGAACCUGCCGGGUACUUUGAUGACAACAUGCUCUGCAACAUGGCAUUGAAACAGCGACAAAAGUCUGGAUGGAAUGGUGAAAAAUGAAAUAAAGAUGGGUUAAAUACUGACGUUGCCUGCGAACGGCAGACGUUUCUUCUCGCUCAUCGCUGCUGAGGGACGUUUGGCAAGGAGGAACGUCUGCAACUCAGCGACAGAAAUUCCAUACUGAUGACGUAAAUCAAUGUUUACAUAAUAAAUCCGGUAGUCAUGGGGUUCCAAAUGCAAAUUUGUUCAAUUUUACUUUUCUCCUGGUCGAUUUUGGAAAAGUGUUGUGUUUAUCUGCUAAUGAGCUCCAGUAAAACUCAAAUGCUUCUUCUGGAGAAGACUAUACUCCACAAAUAUUGACUGUUUUGUUAGAGAUUCAUCGCAUUUACAUUUGACCUUUGUGGCCUUUUGUCUGUCAUUUGUAAACAGUAGCUAGAACAAUGAAACUACUCUGUCAACCAAUUAGCGCUUCUGACCGGAUCUGGGACAGAUUUUGCGUCAUCAGUAUGGAAUUUCUGUCGCUGAGUCGCAGACUUUCCUCCUCGCGUGACGUCCCUCAGCAGCGAUAUGCGAGGAGAAACGUCUGCUGUUCACAGGCUAAUACUGACAGGGACAUGACCUAAUCUUCAAAGUGCGAAACAACAGGGACAAAUGUACCCCUCCCCCACCCCCAAGAGAGCCUCUCUUAAGUGGCUGUUUGACCAGUGUGAUAUACAUUGUUGGGGUUAGCCCUGUAGCAGUGACCAGCAAAUUUCAGCCUUCUCAUUCUAAUGAGGUCUGAUAUUCUAGACAGGUUUCCACAGAGCUCAGUGUUUGUAAUUGUUUUGCCUCUGACUCUUUGUUUGUUUAUGUGCAAUAUCCCUCAGGGUCGGGCUGGUGGUGUAGCAGUGCUGAUGGACUUGUUAGAUGGUUCAAGACAGUUCUUGGUUGCUGCUGAAGACAGGUGAGGAUAAAGAAAUUGAAGAGGCCCUGUCAGUGUAAAGUUCUGACAAGACACAUGGCCUUGAAACAAUGACAUAAAACAGAUGAAAUGGUGACAGACUACAUAAAGAUCGGUUAAAGAUUGUGAGGGACAUGGUUUACUCCUCAAAAUGUAAAGCGACGGUAUUUGAAAUUCAGACAAGGAACAUUCAUGACUCCCACCCCCUCAAUCUGCACCCCCAAGAGGCCCUCAUUAAUAGUAUUGUUAUGAAGGCCAACAUCUUAUAUGAUAUGGCAGAGAUGCUUUCACGCUUAGAGUUUAUGUACUGUACUGUUCACCAGUAUGAUAAUUAGCAAACAGCUGUUCUUUCUAAAUGCUUAAAUGGUCAAAUUUUUAGAUCCUUAUCCUGUCGUGAGCAGUCUAACCACUUCAACUGAUAAUGUAAUAAACACCAUCACAAGAAUCAACUGUUUUAGGCUAUGUUUUUUUUUUUUUUUUUUCUUGAAAUUUUUCUUUGCGACUCGCUCUCUCUUUCGCGAAGAAAAAUUUCAAGAAAAACGUCUGGGACCAGGUUAACACAUGCCUUCUUUGCUCUCCGUUUCAUCUCUUUUUUUAACCCUUUCCCUUGCCAGCAUCAGGGGCACCCAACGAGAAUAUAGUUCAAAACCACUUAAAGAUAGCUUGUUAAACGUAUUUUAGUAUUUAAACGGUAGAUAUAGGCAUAUUUUUAUCCCCUAAAAAUUUUUCAUCUGUUCGGAUUUCCUAGCUGAAAGUCUAGUGAUCCGAAAAUUAUAGGGAUCAAAACUUACCUUUUCGAAAGUUUUAGCCAGAAAAAAGACUCCCAAAAAUUCUAGGUGACCUUUUUAGGGUAAAAAUCCGUUAAAAAUAGGCAAUUAUACCAAUUUUUAGAUGUCCGAAAAUCCUAGGAGAGGCAGGCAAACAAGAAAUUUUACAACAAAUGUUCCGAAAAUUCUAGAUCUCAAAUCGUCUCCCGAACAGAUAUUUUUCCGAAAAUUGUCGUUGGGUGCCCCUGCAGCAUGAAACCCAUUAUUUCUAUCAGCCUCCCUACUUAGGUUACAGAAAUUCUUCAGACUUAUCUGCCUUGUUUAAACCUCUGAUCAUGUAUAUUUUAGCAACGCUUCUCAUUUUCCGUUCAUUCAAAGAGUUUUCUCUUGUCACAGAGAUCAACAUAGCUCCUCGCCAUCAGCUCGUCCUUUCACAUCGUUUUCGGUAAAGUUGAGCGGAAUUGUUCAUGAGCUUCAUAGAUGCCUCUUACAAGCAUUGAUGGCUGAAACCCAUGCUACAACUAAGGCUCAGAUACUCAAGGUAAAACAAGUUGAAUAGGUUUACUCUCACCCCUAGUUAUGGCCUAAGUCAAAUUUUUCUGGUUAAGUCCUAAAAGUUACAUGGAACUUCGUGAAAGUUCAACCAAAGAGGUUUCUUUUAAACGGUAACACUUUUGGAUUUCGUUCGUGGAUUUUAAAGUUAGCAAGACAAGUCGUCUCAUCUGCAAUCUUGGACACCAUAAAGUGGAACAGAAAACCCCCAUCCCCCCAAAUCAAGAACGAAGCCGCGCGAACACGUGUCAACCUGCGGCCGAUGAAAUGAAGCUCCCCGUCCCAAUCGAGAAACAACCUCUGGUACCCAGGGUAUGGGGUAUAGGUUUUCCAUUUAUGUUGUCCAUGAGUGUGGGUCUAGACGUGAAAGGGUUAAAGUGGUUUUCGGUUUAGGCAAAGUGGGCCAGUUAUUUCGCAGUUACAAGCAAUAUAAGGGAAACAUAAGCACAUUUUUGCAAGUGUAGCCAUAUUUGUACAAAUCCACCAUGUGGCUCCAUUCAAGUGACAGUAAGAGUGACUUUGCAGGCCUCUUUGACAAAGGCAAUUUCCCUCUUGUACAAAAUCUACAGGACAAUUUGUUUGAUGUGACUUUGAACUCCCUUAGCAAUGAAAGAGAGAAUGGUCGCAUCCUCGAACUCUUCUCAACAUUUGAUUCUAGAGGUGAAGUCAGACAAGAAUAAUAAGACUACUCAGAGGAAACUUAAGUAGUACGCUAGUAGCAGUAUAAAUGAAGAAAGAAAGAGAAAAAGUCUUCAAUUAAUUAAUUUUAAUUUUAUCAGUAAGUAUUUAACAAGCAAUAUAAAUGAAUAAACCAAAGGAAAAGUAAUUAAUUAAUAGUUCAUGUCAUCAGUAAGUAUUUAACUAGGCUGUUGUCAAAUUCCAUUACAGUGUCUGUCCAUUCUGGUUCUUAAUUCGCCAUAUAACAGACUCAAAACAGGUCUUUUGAGUAAGGUUGUUCUGCAGCUGAGACCUCUUCUUGCAAUCAAAGGUAAGUUAAGACUGCAAAAAUACCCGGGGGGGUACUCACCAAAGCUUUAUACGGGAGGCUCUGCCCCGAGGUCCGACCACUUACCCUAACUUAUAUACCAUUUUCAUGAUGGAAAAGGUACCUCUUCGUAUACUUUUAAUUGACAAAUGGUACGGACUACCCCUUUUGCGUACCUUUUUUCAUCCUUUUUAACCGCUGCAAAAGCACUGUCUUUUCAAUAUGAAUAAAUCACAAAACCAGAACGUUUCUCGACUUUCUUACAGCCAUAAAAUGCAUCUUGUAGAACCUUUGGGUCUUUUUACACACGGAAAUGACAGAUUUCCCCACCCUUUUCAUAUACUUCAACUAAUGAAUUCCCUUCUUUUUCAUAUAUCUGAAGCCCUAAAAAGGUACCCCUCCGGGUGGAGCCUCCCCGUAUAGACCAUUGCAGGAAAUUCCCCGCUAGGGACAAAAAUACCUCUUACUAAUGAGUAUACUGUCUUGUCAGUUUUUGAGGGCCACAAGUUUAUUAGUUGUCUAACCCUUUGGUGUUACCCUCUAUAAAUAAAGUUUUAUUGAUUGAUUGAUUGAUUGAUUGAUUGAACCUGCCCUCGCCCUGUGUGUUGAUGAGAAUUAGAGCGAUUAGUAAUUCGGCUUCAAGUACCAAAUAAAUUCUUCGUGACAUUUUCUCUGUUCCUAUUCAGAUCCAAACCUACAAACAGCUGUGCUUUCCUGUUUAAGGAUGGUGGUGUGUGUUCAUACGCCCCUCCCGGAAGUAGUUGAAUUAAUGAGGCCAUCCUCAACAGAAGUCAAUACAGGGAACAUGAAUUUGACCCCACCCGGCCAAACAAGUAGCAACUCUGUUGCCGAGGUGAUUCCAGGGUUGCAAGUGGCUUUUGAUUCACCGUGGCUUAUACGCUGGUGCACUCACUGUGCCAAUAGACGGGAUAACUCACUGGUGGUGCGUCUAGAGGCCAUGCAGUUCUUAGCUUCGUUCUUGAAGAGCUAUGUUUUCUUAGCCAGGUAUGUGUGUGCUGGUGUGACGUCUUGUAAUCCUCAAAUUGCCUUACGUUCAGUCGAGUUUGGAAAAUCUGCCUCUAAGUCGUGGUUUUGUGAGCAAAAUUAUCAAGGCCAACCGCAACCUCGGUAACUCAUUUGCAAGACCUCUGAUCUGCUGAACGGUAGGUUGUUAGUUCAAACCCCGGUCAGAACACUAACCAGGGUCUUAACUAGGGAGGUUAAGCAAGGGCGACGGCAACAAGAACGGUGAAAAUUCAAUAGGUUUAAAUCAGCAAAACAGCAAUUUUGCACCUGCAUUACGCUUUUGUACAUUUCUCUGCCGUCGUUGGACGAUCACGACCCGAAACUGCCUUAUUUCACGUUUUCUGAAGGACUUGAACGAAGGUAAAGAUUUCCUAAUUCUUUUUGUUAAACGGAGAUACAGUCCGUUAGAAUUCAAAUCCACAAACAUUCGGCAACAUUUGACAAAUUGAACGCCAUGGAAGAAGAGCAAUUAAUUUUAAAACAGCAUGAAGUACUUUUUAAGAGACGUUUUCGCCAUCGUCGUUGUUUUCACUCUGUCGGUAGCUCAAGAAAUAAAGGCAAAGCAAUGUACUGUUUAGUAGUUGGAAUGGUAAACACUUUAAUAUUUUAAUCUCACACAAGCAAACGUCCUUCUACAAAAGACCUGUUCGCAGGUUAUGUUAUUCACUUUUCCUUUUUCAGUUCCAGCGUAGAAUGCCUAACAAGCCUGGCGUGUUCAUUUUUGAAGGAUGGCGAAGCAUCAUUUACAUUGCCAGCAUUAAAGGUUCAAGCUUUUUUUGUUUAUUUUAUUUAGCUGUGUUGUAAUCUCACCCAGCCGGCAUGACCACCCCACCCCACCCCCCUCCUCCUUCUUCAUCUCCCCUAUUAUUAGGCUCUAUAACGUAAGAUUGCAGUGAUUGUGAAAAAUCAUAGUCCUUUCUAAAUAGCAACAGGAUGAGCUCAGUCGGUGGGUUCGAUUCCCGGGGCCGGACCAAUACACGGGUCUUAAAAUAACUGAGAAAUUAAAGUACUACCUUCGGCUAGAUCCUCCCCUGAUUCGGAUGGCCACGUCAAAUGGCGGUCCUGUCUCCAGUAGGAGACCUAAAAAUAGUGUCCCCAAUCAGUACUUUCGUGCUUUUAAGAAGGAAAUAUAAUACAUUGACACUCGAAUUAAGUGUAUUUCCCCCUUAUUUAUUCGAGGGAGGCAUGCCUCCUUUUAUGCUUUUGAUUAUUUCACUGUGCUUUUCCAGGUAUUAGAGGAGCUGGCGCGAGCUAUGAAUGGCGAGAUUUCAAAAACUUCGUCUGGCAGAAGUGAGAUUUCAAAGGAUCAGGUUCGUUUAGAUAGGACACUUACUUUUGUAUUUGCACGGCUAUUAUUCCUCUCCUAUAAUCUGGAUCGAUCACCUUAGGAAGAUGAGAUUAUAAGAUUCUUAUUUUUCUUCUGACUUUCUCUUUAUUCUCGAUGCUGUCCUGUAAUCCUAAGCUAUAAGCCAUAGGUGAAAAUUUAUAUAACUGUCGCCAGUGUGAGUACCAGCGGGGAAAUUUUCGAGGAUUUUGAGGAGAAUUAAUUUUCGUAUAAUUUGGUGAGAUGGCGGCGCAAUCUCGUCUGUGUUUUUGCUUCUUAACGACACAGUUAUACGUACUUACAAAUGUGUUUAGGCGCUGCGAAAAUUAAAAAUUAAAUGUGGAAAUAACAAAUAUAUGUUGCAGUUAAUUUUUCAUUUCAGUUAAUUUUUAUUUCUCCUCUGUUUCAAAUUCAUUAGCUUACAUUACCAUACCCAAAAACAAUAGAAAAAUAACAAUUAACUGAGAUAAGAAAUUAACUACAACUUCUAUAUAUAUUAUUGCGUGAAAGUACUUUUCUGAUGUUUUUCUUGAAUGGUCAUAUCGAAGGGUUCCGCUUACAGACUCAAAACGUGCAAGCAAGUUACAUGUUUUGAUGAUUUACUUUUUAAACUUAUUAUUAUUGUUCUCGAUCCCCUGUUUUUACCUUUGUUGUCUUGGUUAGGUAUUUCAGUUUUGGCAGAAAUUAUUAGAUGGACCGCUGACCAAGAUCUUACAGGAUGGCAGUCCCGUAUCAGGCUCAGCAUGCAGUGCUGCUCUUGACUGUUUAUCGAACAUUGGAGGUGUAAUCUUUAACGAACUCCCUGUAAGUCCUGAAAAAUAUAGCCUGCGUAGCUCGAGGCUUAGAUUGGCGGGGGGAAGGGGGAGGGGGAGAGGGAGGGAAAUGGAGCGUAGCGGGAGCGAGCGACGAAGCCACAAGGAGAAUGCCGCUCAUGGGCGUGCUCGCCAGACAAAACCGCCAGCUUCACAAGCUAUAGGAAAUAAAAGUCUGCCACUGUUUAAUCGGCACUUUUCGGGGCGGGGAGCGAUAAGAAACAGUUAUAUUGUCCUCUCAAGAUGCUACAUUUUGUCUUAUUUUGUGAAAAUAAAAAAGUUAAAAAUGUCCAAGGUAGCAUAGAAAGUUAUGAAAAAGUCACAACUUUUUUUUACCAGUGACUGGGCAUUUGUUUCAUGCAAUUAUCAUAACAACGUCGGACAUUUACUGCUGAUCCGUCUUGACAUGACUGCUAUAAAAGCAGGUCUAGGGCCGCCUUAAUUGUUUUAUUGUUCAUUAAUCGUGCUAGUAGUUGCAGUUAUCAAUCGCUUAUUUGUUUGUCUUUCUUGCAGUUAAACAGGCGUGUGCUGUGCAUCACUCUUCUCCUUGGCCUGUCAAAUGACGAGGACAAGAACGUCAAGGUGAAUAACGGCCAGUUUUAGUCAGGGUUUCACUUUAGAGUCACUACAAUAAAAACCCGCGAGGAAGAACCUGAAUUUUCCCAUGUUAGCCUUCACUGAUUCCUACAGAAAUUGUAAUUAGCGCAAAUUUAGGCUAGUUAGGUUCUCAAAAAGGUCCCUAUUUUCUAAAGGGAAAAAAAAACGUUAUAGCUAAGAGUAUUUAGAGGUAUUCAGCUUAUUCCGUAUAUAAAAUCUGCAUACCAUCACUUUGCAGUUGAAAUGAUAAGACACCUCUCUUAAGAGAGGAUCCUGAAUGUUGAAUUUUCUUAUUUGCCCAAGUGUACAGAAUUUUUUAAAUAGAUUGUAGAAAAUAGAACCUGUUUCAAAUUUUAGGCUAAUUAGGGUCUUGUAUAGAGGGGGCCUAACUGACAAAUUUUAGCCUAACAGGUUCUUACCCGCGGGUUUGUACUAUACACGAAGUCACCAAAGACGCAUCCUCGUACUCCCAGUGGCAAAUAACUGGAACGAGAUUUUUACUGGCGACAUCGCCACAAGAAGAACGGAGAAGAGAGAGACCAUAUGUGUCUGACCUCCCAGGAAAUUUUCACAAUUAUUUUUUUUCGUUUUAUUCUGUUUUUACUUUGACCUGGGAUCAGGCACCCUGGUGGGAAAAAGGGAAAAAAUAGGCGAGCGAAGAGAGUCGACCGCGUGCUAGCUCACACUUCCCCUCUUUCGCUUUAUUUCUAUUACCGUCUCCACGCGAUUUUUAGCUCCCUUCCCCAUUUCUAUUUUAGAACUUAUAGUGACCCUAUUUUUCUGCUUGCUCUUUACUCCAGGCAUCUUCAGUCCGUGCCCUGGGUGUGUUUGUUCUGUAUCAGUGUCUACGGGAAGAUGUACUUUUUGUCGCAGAUACUGCUAAUACGGUGUUAAGUGCCAUGACAGACCCCAAACUCCUGGUCAGAAUGAGGGCGGCCUGGUCUCUAGCCAAUCUCAGUGACUCCUUGGUAACCAAUAUGUAAGUCAUGUAGGAGUGGCUUUGUAAGUACCCUCCCACGCAGACGUUCUUUUGGCUCGUCAUGCAAUCCUCCCCAACGACGGAAAGAACGCGUGACGAAACCCUAAGAAGGUCUGCUUAGGAGGCUAGUUUGUAAGUUGUCACAUCUUUAUGCAACGGGCGGCCAGGAGCCUAUAACCUGAUAGUAACCUUCAUACUUGGCCUUUGUCAUUGUAGACCAGUCUAUUUUUAGAUACAUAUGAAGAGAACUUUUUCCCGCGAAAAUGGAACCUUUGUUCUACGCGUGUGUCCAUCCGAAACAUAAAAUAUAAAAAAGUCAAAGGAUAUGUACCUUUGUUUGUGGACUUUGCUAUAGCCUAGACUCGCGCCACAAUCGAUCUAAAAGUAUACAGCUAUUUCGAGAAAGGUUGUCGGAUAAAGUGCACGCGACAACACCGAAAGGUAUUGUGGGUAGUUUUGAGUUCACUGUUUUUCAGAGAAAUCUGAAAGAAUGGCAGAAGAGGCUGUGGACAUAUGUCUGCGAGUGCUAAAGGAAAGCAACAAAAGUAGGUUCGACAUCUACGGUGUCAGGAACAGUGUAUUGAACAUAUCCAAUAUUACCUUUCGGGAUUGUCGCGUGCACUUUUUUUCCGACAACCUUUCUCGAAAUAGCUGUAUACUUGUCUGAGACAACUAUUCGUAUUUGAUGGAGUCUUCCACCCAUUUUAAUCCGACAUAGGAAAACAGCCCUCUUUAUUAAAUGGCGGGUUAAGGUGACUUACAUGAAUGUUCAAACAAGGGAAGUAGGUCUCUGCUUAUUUCAAAUGUGAAGUGCCCCUAAAAAAAACGACCUCAUUCCCAAGAAAACAAUAAUGCUAUGGAAUCACUUUUGUUGUGUGGACCAGAUUUUACAUCGAUAAAAGACUUGUUUAGCUAGUAUUAAGGUUUAAAACUCGAUUCGCAAUUAAUAAAACUGAAAAAAGUCACCUAAGAUACUGUCAAAUAGUCUCUUGACUAAAAUGAAGAUUAAUUGAAAGGUUAUUUCACAUGGCUGUGUAAUGAUCAGUAAUCUCCGUAGAGACCGUAAAACUCUAGAGGCUUCUCUUUUGGGGUGCAUACUGGUUUCGUGGGUGUGCCAAAGGUGUUGAUCUUGGCUCCAUCUUUAGAAGGAUAGAUCACUACCCCGUCGUACGAUGACAUGGAAGGAUCUUCAUCAAAGUAGUUGAAAGGCUUAAGCUGAAAGCUGGCUACGCUUCCUGGUGUUGCUGUGUUUGGGAUAUCCUCUGAGUGUGGAAUGUGCAUUGUGCCCAUGGUUACCCAGGCAACCAUGUCCACGUUAUCGAUAUUUUCGCCAUUCACAUAUUUUUGAAAGUCCACCACGGGGUCGACCAUGUCUUGCUGGUUGUAAAGGGAAGAACUCUUUUCCUCGGUCUCCUUUCUUAGUGUCACGUGCAAUUGAUUGAGAGACCAUCCUGCGCCCUUCACUACCGGCCAGCUUGCCGGAUACAUCUGCUUUAUCAUGUCGCGGAUGUGCAAGCGGUAGCCGCGGUGGACGCCAAAUGUGUUCUUUUCGUUCUUGUUGAUGAAGUUCAUCAAGGUGGGAGUGUUGAAGUUGUAAUGAUACACUGCGUCGUCCUCUGUGGUGUGCAGUUUACGGUGGAUGAUUUUCUGCAUGUGAUAAUCGUUCGGGAACCACGGAUUGGUGAAGUUUUGGAGUCCGACUUGGUAAGUUUCGUACGAGUUUUCUGUACCGAGGAUGUCGAUGUCCACUUUGUAGUUGAAGAUGUGGUCGUGCAUGCUUCCUGCCAACUGGUAGUGGACCUGGUUUGAGUAAGGCUCUUCGUCUACAGUGUAGAAAGUGGCUUGAGGAUAUCCGCUGGCGGAGCAUCGUACCUCCAGGACACCGUUGGGAUAGAAGAUGUAAUCCAUCACGUAGUCGUAGUUGUAGGUUGUGGCAGCUGUACGGAGGAUAAGCGCGCUACCGGGCAUUCCCCCGUAGAAGUUAUAACCGCCGUUAAAGUUCGUAUCGUAGUGCCUACGCAAGGGGACACCCAUGUCUUGUUCAAACAAGCAGAUUGCUUUCUUGUACUUGGCUGGGUAACCUCGUCCAACAAAGUGCAGGACGUCAAAGAAAGUUGCCGUGUCAGGGCAGUCGACCCCACGCAGGAGUUCAAAGGUCAUGGAUCCCAUGUUCCAGGCAGCAUCAAGGUAAUUCGUGAACAGCGGUUUAGGGGACCACCCUGAGUAGAAUGCCUCAGCUUCUUGCACACUCAAUUCGUAAACGAUCCUGUCACCCUUGAAUUUGAUGUCAAAAAUCUGGAUACCGGAAGAGGUGCGUGACCGGAAGUCGAAACUCCAACCCAUGUACUCCACGUGGUGACCGCUGACUGAGUAUCGUUUGCCGUCCGGCUCGUAGACUCGUGGGUUUCUCAGGGGCUUUUUUGGUUGAGGGUCCCCGCGGCGCUCAUAAGUGGAGAACAGACCCUUAUCCUUGGCAGCUGGAAAAUGCAUCUUAGAUCCAGCAUCGUAAGCGGUCAUGAGUUCUUCUACAGUGUCAUAAGUCUUGUUGUUGUAAUAAAUUUUUUCCACUCGCCACUGUGUCGGAUCGUUUCCGCCAGUAUCCAGUAAAACUUCAAACCCGACCGGUUGAAUGUAAAAUCCUAUCAUGUCUCUCAUCAUCCACGUCCACUGUUUACGCUGAUUCGCCUUGAACGUACUCGGAGCUGAUAGCCCCCACGUCAAGCAGCGAUCUUUGCAGCCCCAGAAUGUGAACCCGUCGUAGCUUUCGUUUAGCAAGCGGAAAGCGUGUUUGGUGACGUUUUUUAUCAUUUUCUCCAUGAUCGCCAGCUCCUUAGUGUCCGCGAAUCGCGUGUUGAACGGAAUUGGGUAUUUACCGGGCCCGGUUGACUCUCGAUGGCUCGUAGGUUUUCCAGCAGGUUUCACCAAAUAUUCUCUCACAUCAGGGUUAGCUUUUCCACCGCUGUAGAUUACAACACGAGCGGUACGCUCAGGCUUGUCUCCGUUCUUGUCGAGGAACUCCAGCGCUGCAGCUUUGGGAGGUUGCUGUAGCUCUAUCAAAUAAAUGUAGUUGUCGUUGAUCUUGGCCUCAUCAAAAGGAGUGACAUUUAGCGACGACUGACUAAGAAUGUAAUCACGGACAGCGAUGAUUUCCUCCUUAGAUAAAUCGUUGUAUAGCCCUGCCGAGCGUGUAGCUUCUUUCGAAGGUGUCAGAUACGUCUCGGGGCAGAACCCACCACUUUGUGAGCCGCCACCACCAUUUUUCAAGGGUUCGCUCUUAUUUUCCCUUGUGGCCACGACUAUCAAUGCGAUGAGCAGAGCGAGGGACAGAACAGCAAGAAGAAAGACAAGGAUUUUCAAAAUGAAAUUAGUUCUGUCUGCGCCUUUUCCAGCCAUCUUCGCGAACGGCACAGCUUUUACGAUGCUCGAUCACACCCUUGCGUUCAAGGUGCGUGAUACGAAACUUAUCGCGAUAAACACCCACUGCUGGGUAUCCUAGAAUGAUCUUCAAAGGUGUCAGAAGAAACAACAGAUUUAAUGUUGACAUAAAAAACUCGGCAAAAUCCCUAUUUACAUCUAUGCCUUUUUUCACCUCUUCCUGUUUUUAACCUGAAACUGGACCCAAAGAACUUUAUAAAAUGUACGAAAAUAAUAACUACGCUUUGAAGUAACAACCACGAUAUUUGUAGUCAGCUGAAAAUGACACUAGGUACUCAAGAGUAGUUUGUAGUUGUUUCUCAUCAGAACUUAGCGUUACUUAAGAUAAGAAUGAAAGUCUCCACAUUUCGUCAAUUAAAGUUGAUACUUGCUCAGCCUACGGUUGCCUAAAUAUCGGAAAACUCUAGUCGCUUUUAUCUUGGCUGUUUUGUUAUUAUAGCUUAUUUGUCUUGGUUGAAGCAGGAAGCUGGGUGCCGUUAGUUCUCAUUAAAGUGUUGUCAUAAGUCCAGCGUUAGAUAGGCGUGACCACUGAAAUCAAAACUACGAAAAAUAAAUAAAGUUGCAAGGAACUGUCACGGUAAAUUUCGACAGGCGACGUGAUAAAGUGCGUAGAGGAUGCAAAAGCUAAACAGUCCUUUAAAGCUAACUUUGUCUUCUGUGUCAAUUGACUAAACGUUUUGAAGGGUCAAUAACAACAUCUUUAUCAGAAGCUUUUGGAAACUAAAACUUCGAGACAUGUCUACGUUUGCACGCAGCUGCGAAAAUUAAGACGCAAGCACACGAAAAAUCGCACGUUUUGCAGCUCGUGCUUGCAAACCUGACAUAAAUGAUUAAUUUUAGAGAAAUGUUAAGAUAGUUGCGUUUACUAUUUACAGAUCUCCAAAGAAUUGAUCGAGAUUCCUCUUAAAGUCAGAAACAGUGAAAGUAUUCGCAGUUUUAGAAACGCUGUUUUACAUCUUUUAGCAAAAUUUUGAUAAGAACAGUGAGACUUCUAUUGUCUAUUUAACGUACUUAGUGUUUUUAUUGUUUUUGUGGAUGGCGACUUCCUGUCUAAAGAUUUUAAUUAUUAUUGUUAUUACUAUAAAGAAUUUUAUACAUCCCUGUCAAUGUCCAAGUUUCCACUAAAAACUAUAAACGCCUCUUUCGUGACUGGUUUUGGAACAGGGAAAAAAAAUACUAAUAUUUAUCCGGAAACAAGUUUAAGUUGUUCAAGGGGGAUUUGGGUGCAUCCAUUCUGUUAACAUUUACGGAGCAAAAACUGUCUGACGAUUGAAGUGACUUGACCCUAGUAGUUUAUAGUUUUUUUUUUGGCCAAUUAUAGACCCCAUCUGGGUCACUUUUUGGAAAAUGUAACAAACCACAAAAAUUCGAUCCCGCAACCGGAAAAGAAAACUUUUAGUCAACUCUCUAUUUAUGCAUCCAUUGACCUUAUUUUCAAUGUGGUUUCAAGCGGCGGAAAAAAAUUGCGGUCAGUGCGAGCUUAUAGUUAAAUGGAAAAAAAGACAACAACUUUCUGAUUUUAUUAAAAAAAAAUCUUCCCAUUUUGAAUCCUCCCACCCCUCCCCCAAAAUCCUAAAAUUUGCGCCCCCCAUUCUAGUAAAGUUUCUAUUGAAAAUGAGACCUUAUUAUAGUCAGAUACCAGUCUUCUUCAUCCGACCCCCAUCGAGGGCUUUUUCCCCAUUCCCCUUUUGGAGGAUGAGACAGAUAAAAGACCGGAAAGUGCUUGGAUGCGGGUCCAAGUUUCCAAUAAAAACUAUAAACGUUUCUUUCUGAUGACUGGUUUUGGAACAGGUAAAAAAAACUACUAAUAAUUAUCCGGAAAAAAGUUUAAGUUGUUCGAAGGGAAAAUUUGGCGUUUGCAUCCAUUCUGUUUAACAUUUGACGGGGCUGAAAAACUGUCUGAUGAUUCCAAAAGUGACUUGACCCUAUUAGUUUGAUUGCCGAUUGGCAAAGUUUUUUUUGAAAAUGGGGUCGGAAAUGACCGAAAAAUUUUGGAAGGUAAACAAAAAAAUUUGCCAAGUGCGACUCAUGCCAUAAAAUACUUGUAACCCUUAAGUACUCUCAAAUUUCAGAGACAGAAAAAAAUGCCUGUUGACAAGUCUCUGUGGUGUAACCUUUCAUUCGACUGAUUCGAAUUCUCUUCACCAAUUGUUCACGUUUUUCGUUACUGCACAAACUUGGUUUUGGAAUUCCCGUGAAUUGUUGUUUACAUCUAUCUUGAGAGUGAAAAUGUUGAACUGAUUGUGAAGUCCUUAGUAGCCAAUAUUCACAUCUAGAGCGCCCACCGAAUGGGAAUUUCUCGUUGAUUGGUUUUCUUUCAACAGUAAAUCAAAGAUAUUUUAGGGGAAAAAAAAACUAGUUUUACUUCGUUGAACUCCCGUCUGAGUGUUUUUUUUUUUUUCAGGUGUUCUGAGGACACUGCAUUUUUGGAGGAUUUUUCGGACAUGUUGUUGCUUAAGCUACUGAAUACUUCAAUCACGGCAGCGGAUGACAAUGAAAAGGUGCGCAGUUAAGUGGCAAUCAGUUGUUCAAUUCGAUGAACCAGGGCCUGUUUCCUGAAAGACCCAUCUAGCGCUAAUCUUGUUGAAAUGUUGAGAGUAUCAUUUCGUGUGAUCGUAACUGGAUCUCUAGCCUUUCUUAUUAGCUCACGUUUACAUGUUUCGAGACAUGUGAGAAAUGAAAAGUUUUGACGGUUGUUUUAACUUUUGAGUCUAUAGAAGAAAUCGGACCCAGAGCAAGAGUAAUAACUUGAAGCCAAUCAAAACGGAUGCUGUCUUUCCAAAGAACCAAUCACAACUUGAAGCCACAUUAAGCAGCCAGUCCAUCGCGGGAAAAAGUGCUCGGCACCAGCCGCUGCCAAGCGCGGGAAAAUCCUUGCAUGUCAAGAUUUCUUUUUGUUUUACCUCUGAUUGGAGCAGAAUUUGGCUCGAGACUUUAAGCCAAUUAACAAAGCGUUGCCGGCGAAACGAUUUAUCUACAUCCAUUUUGGCUGACCAAAAGUAUUACUUUGGUGUGGGUUGUACGACACUUAACUAAAAAGUGAUCUUGGUCAUAUUGACUGUAUCGGCACAAAAUCUCGGUUAACAACAGGAUGUGUUUGUGACGUUUUUCGUGUGUUUUCUGAAUCAUACUACAGUUAGUUGAUUGACCGAUACUGUUUUUCUCUGUUUAGGUGAAGUCGAAUGCUGUGAGAGCAUUGGGAAACUUUCUUCGCUACAUCAGAACGUCCUCUUUAGGUGAGAACGUUGUUUGUUAUGCCUCCAAGCUUGUAUCAUUUAUUUCUCGUUGGUCUCUAUCGCCUUCUUUUUAACUACCCUAAAACUGACAGGUAGUCUGACAAGAAAUUUAUUAUUGAGAAUGAACAAAGAACGAUGGCAAAUGCCGAGCUCGGUUCUGACUGAAAAAUACGUAAUAAUCCCCAUGUCAUGACUGAAAAAGAGUGGACAAAUGGUGAACGGCUGAACGUGUACUUUUGAGUUAUGGUUGCACACGGGAGGUUGCUAAGCAUGAAAGAAACUUUGAGACUGUCAACUUUGUAUUGUACCAGCCCCAUCAUCCCUUCCGAGUCGUGGGGCUAAGGGCGCUUUCAAAAAGUCACAACUGGUCGCCGGACGGUUCAUUUUGAAAAUGAAAUAAACUUUUUAAAAGAGCUUUCACUUAAAAAUGCAUAUUAUCAUAGAAAUCGACUGAUCUGUUUGGACAGUUUUGAGAAAAAGUAAAAUGCUCCUUACGAAAGGAAUUGUCGGGACAUUCAGUUCUGACAAAUGGAAAGCACCCUAACAAAAAUUCUUGAGUCUCCGUCGGGAUUCGAAUCUUAGGACCGAUUCGCUUUUGUAAAAGGCACGAUUGUUGUUCCUCCUCUUUGCUUUUUUAGAAAAUGACGUUAACCUUAAUAGCCAGUCGGAAGAUUAGUUUUACCUGGUCAUGUAACCCCAACGCUGUCAACAUAUUAAUUGCGACACUCGGUAGUAAUUUCCACCUUGGCGUUAUGUAGAAAACGAUACAGGAAAAGACCCGCGGGAAAAGCUCUUUUUAGAUUGUCGUGGCUUAUGUCGGAAACGGAACUGAUUCAAGAGCUUUAAUUUUGACACGGAAGAGAGAGAGCUAGGGCUGUGUUGCUAAACUACUUCUAUUUCUUUUAGAAAAAGCGGGCUUCACGGAAGCAGUAGAGAAAGCCGUUGACGCUUUAAUGAGAAAUCUAGACUCUAAUCUGAUGAAGGUGAGUUGUCUCGCUUUAAGGUACUUAGUAUCUUAAAAGCACAGGAUAAAAUGUUGAAAAUCACAGAGACCGAUUUUGAUUUGGGCCUUCGGAUUGUUCAUCAAGGUUACUUUAGUUGGAGCAAAUCCUUAUUCCGUGUUUGUUAAGGUGAUUUUAAUGGACCAAAUGAUCUUUAAUGAACUAAAUGAAAAAUUGUUUUUCUUUUGCUGUUAGGUUCGCUGGAAUGCAUGCUACGCCUUCGGUAACAUGUUUCGUAAUCCGUUUUUACCAACUGGCACGGCAUCGUGGACUGUAAGUACUCGCUUUUCAAUUUCCUUUUUAGUUUGCCUUUUGCGCGCUUCUCUAAGUGUUUGGUAAUGUACAGGGGAUUGUUACUGUAGAGUACCGCAAAUGAUCCCCGACCGCAAAUGAUUCCCAAAAUGGACACAAAUGAUUUGCGGUACGGUACAGUGCCAAGCUUAAACUAUUGCAAAACCUUUUUUACAGUUAAAAAAUGAUUACCAAGCAUCGCAGAAAUCUGGGACAUGCCGGUGAAGUAAAAAUGCCCCUGAUUACCCCGAUUUAUCCUAGACCAUCCCAUACGCGGAUGAUUUCGUGUCUUCGGUAACCGAUAUAAUAAGAAGCUUGAGCGGAGAUGUUUUUGAGAGACGCUGGUCACCCAGAGGAGGCCUUUUCGCAUUCUUGGGUACUAGUUUUGCCAAAAAUUUCGGGUAAAUCGUCUCUUCAAGGGUAAAGACACUUAAGGAAUGGAAAAACGGGCAACAAUAAACGUGCAACUUGUCUUGCAGCAUUGCUGCAAAACGAGUUGAAUAGCGAUGUUGCGCGUUUUACCAACCACGAAUCAAACCUGUCUUGCAACAAAUAAGGUUGUUAACAGGUUUGAUGUGGGUGGUAAAACGUGCAACACCGCUAUUCAACUCGUUUUGCAGCAAGGUUGCAAUACAAGUUGCACGUUUUUUGUUGUCCGUUUUUCCGUACCUGUAGCAACCCUGAAUACAAAUUUCGUUGGUAGCUUCAAGGUAUAUUAAAAUUAAGAGAAAAGGCCUCACUUCCGGUAGCCUGCACUGCAGACGAAACUAAACUCUGGUUCAGUCCGUCUGCGAAACACCGCCGAAAUCUUUGUUCUGGGCCCCACAUGUGUACCAGGAUUUGAGUACGCGCCAUGAUUGGCCAGUUAAACAAGCCAUUGUCGAUUUGCCAAUCAAGAUGAAAGGAAAUUCGAAUCGCUCUUCCGGGAAUUCGUUGAGUCCAUCGGGGGCCCAGAACAAGGAUGUCAACGCUGCUUCGCAGACGUUACUAACCGAGGUUAAAUUACUCCUGCGACGAAGGCUACACUUCCGGUUGACCUGAGUCGCUCAAAAAGGUCUUUGCUCACGCUCCCAAAUGUGGGUCUGCGACAAAGAGAUUUAAGAUGUUUUCGGCCGUUUCGAGGGGCGCAAAGAGCUCGCUGUGAGCAAGUGUAGUCUGGGAUACAGUAAAAACCCACGAGUAAGGACCUAAUAUUUAAGAACCUGUUAGGCUAAAAUUUGCAAUUUUAGACCCCCUCUAUAUAAGAACCUCUUUAGCCUAAAAUUUGAAGAAAGGUUCUUAUUUUCAAAAGUUAUUUAAAAAUAUUCACCUAAAGAGAAAUUAUAUAGUAAAUGUAUUAUCAAUCUGGAUGAGUAGUUGCUACAUGUCAAUUGUAAUGUUAAAAAUUAUGAUCAUAUGGUCAUAUUAAAAUAUAAGCUAUCAUUAGGUAUGCAAAUUUAAGGGUGCUGAUCACUAAAAUCUUCUUAGCAACGACAUAAUUUUUUGCAAGAAAUUAACAACCUAUUAAGAACCUAGAUAGCCUAAAUUUAUGUUAACCACCAUUUAUGUAAGAACCUGUUUAGGCUAAUCCUGGAAAAUGUAGGUUCUUACUCCUGGGUUUUUACUGUAUUCGCUGCUGGCCACUUCGCCGCGCAUUGUUCCGCCAGUACAAAGAUGAUUGACAAUAAGUGUGCUGAAAAGACUUUUGGUUAAUGUCAACCCAGAAUAUUUAUUUUUCCAAUUAUCUUUUUGUAGAGUGGAAUGUACAGUACGUUAGAAAAUGUCAUUUGCAACUGUAAGAACUUUAAGGUGGGUGUGACCAAAUGUUAGUUUAACAGGGUAAACGUGCUUGCAAGCUUCCAUAUCUUGGUUGAGAGGCACAUAAACCGUGUGAAAAUCAUUUGAAUUCACAGAGAGAGAUCAUUUAUUAAUUAUAGAUACAGAAUCAAGAAAGUGUGUUUUUUUUGUUUGGUUUGGUGCAAAGUAGAGCGACCUGUUCCUCCCUAAAGCAAACUUUUAGAGACUUAACAUUGUCUGAUAUGGCUCAUUUCACGAAAACUACCCGGUCAAAUACACUCGGCCUCAUGGGCUAUUGACUCAGAGCCCAUUCGGGCUCGAGAAAUAAUUGUUUUAGUAAACUCCAACUAUGAAAGAAAUAAAGGGAGAUGUAAAGAAUCAACCAUAUUAGGACACAAAAAAAAUCUGUGCCCCAGAUGGGAUUUGAACCCACGACCCUUCGUGUUCUAGAUCGGAUGCUCUAACCUCUGAGCUACUGAAGACUCGUUGGCGAGCAAGGGUCAUUUUUGUGGGUUGGACUUGCGAACCGCAUCUCGCAGUCACACAGUCCAUCACAAGCAACACAUCUCAGAUUUUUUUCUGUGUCCUCUCAUGGUUGAUUCUUUACAUCUCCCUUUAUUUCCUUUAUAAUAUUAAUAUCAGUGGCAUAAAAUCCAAAUAGUUGGUCAAAAGUAUCGAGACAAAACAACUUUAGCUAGUUAAAGCUAGACUUUAAUCCUUUUUUGCCGCCAAAAAGCCCGCGCUUUUCGCUACUAGUGGGCUAUAACAUAUAGCCUGGUAGUAGCUCAACCAAUCAGAAUGCAGCAUUGAUAAUAGACCACCAGUUGGAUUUUACUAAAAGUUGAUAUAUAACCCGGAAUGCAUCUACUAGUUUACAGAUACUGCUAAUACAAACAUUUACAAAAAAUACUUCUAGUAUUUACUUUAAUUUAGCUGAUACGAAAGCGUUAUUUUUUUUUGGUGUUUCUUAAUAUUCUAGGUUCGAAUCAAUGCCGUCCUCGCGUUAUCAGUUCCAGCGGAGAGACGUUACUAUGGCGACGUAGCCGUGUAUUGUCACCUGUAUGCCACCCUGAUUGACGCGUUGAAGAGCACAGAGAAUGUGACUGAUUUCAGUGAAUUCAAAUACAGAGACACUCUGAGACGAGAGGUAUGAUUCAAGUCACACUCAUCUACGAUGAUGACAGUUUUAUUUAAUACACUUGUAGAAUCUUCACCUUAAAUUGUGUAGGCUAUAUAUUUCGUAUUUACCAAAUCCGUAAAAUAGCAAUUUUCGCGCUUUUUGGUGAGGCCUGGGACUUGCAGCUGUACUAACAGAUCGAGGCAAAGACCAAGAACUUGAUGAAAUUUUGCUUGUCGCUGUUUAAAUGAUGGGCAAAAAAUUAUUUGCAACCAAAGUCAAAAUCAUGAAAAUGCACGUGACAAAAUCCCCGGCGAAAUACAGUUAAAACAACAACCGGCAUUUUCCCUAGUUAGCCUAAACACGUUCUUACACAAAUGGUAAUUAGCACAAGGCUAGGCUAUUUAGUAGAGCUUGCGUAGUCGUUUUUUUCCUUCGUAUUUAGUCCACAAAAGGGGAGUCAAGGUUUCAGGCGUUCCUAUUGGAGACCGUGGAAACUGGGGAUAAGAAUUGCGAUGUGACCGACAACAUAUAAAAAUUUUUCAGAGCGUCAUGCAUGUUUUUUUUUUAAGAACUUAGCUUUGGAAAGAUGCGAAAACGCGAAACAGGUUGAGCUUUUCCAGAAAUGGUCGAUCCACGAAUUCUAUCGAUUGAAAUGACUCUUGCAACACUCUUGCAAGUUCCAAUACGAUCUGAAACUCACGAACACAUUUAAACCCCUAAGCGCUUCGUGGGUAGACAAAAAUUCCUUUUUUUUUUGGAGAAAUUAGUGAUUAUUUUUCUCUUUCCAGCUUUGUAAUUCCCUGUGUCACUUGACGAGCGUAAUGACGGAAGAGGACUCGAUUUCUUUGGCCCCCCUGUUGGAAGAAAGGCACGACACAUACAAAGGAUACCUUGUAGAGUAUAUUCGACAGCCUGACAUGCAGGUAGGGUGUAAUCUUGUUUUAUUUUACUUUUUGUUUGACUAUAACUGGCAAAUAUGUAGAGUGCGCGCAAUGCAUAAUUUCUAAAAGUAAUAUCAGACUGUGCGACGGUGUGUUUGGUGUAAUUUUCUUUAAAACAUUGUAUAACAAAACUUAAAAUUGCCCUCGUCCGAUAACACUUACCUCUACCUUGGUUAUAUCGGAUAUCACAAAAACCGUAUCUAAUAACUGCUUAGAACUCAACUAAAUGGAUUGGACUGUCGUGACACAGCCCUUCUAACCAAACGUUGGCGGACUGUAUCGUUUCGCGCUGAUCUUGCAUCUCCGUUUCCGUUAUUGUCUUUCCCCUCGGUAGGAGUUGGUUUUAGAGGAUCAGACGAGUGAGAAAACAACUGCAGAGAGAAGUAAGUAUAAAUUGAGUUUAUAAUGAAUCUCAGGAAGGUGAAUCUUAUCACAGGGGGCCACGUUCAAAUUGUUUUCUAAGGCCAGCACAAAGUUAUUUCUUUCGUUAUACUAAGCUCUAGAGCUUACCUUUAACAAUUUGAAACUGAAAUUCGUCGAGGUGUUCAUCUUCUUGAUUUGAUGGUCUUAUGAUCACCUCUCGAGAUUUUUCCGGAGACACCCUAACCGCUUUUUAUUUCCGCUUUGUUUAGUAUGUGUUAUACAGAAGGCCAGCAGACGUGUUCAUGAGGACCUUGCACGGUCUGACAACACCACUGUAAAGAUUUUGCAAGAGGUUUACGGUGCCACGUACUCAGAAACAAACGAGCAGAAGCCAAAUGAGUAG